AUGUCGGAGUCGCUCGAACGUCCGUCGCUCAAAUGUCGGUCGCUCAAAUGUCGGGGUCGCUCAAGUGUCGGUCGCUCAAAUGUCGGGGUCGCUCAAGUGUCGGGCGCUCAAAUGUCGGGUGCUCAAACGUCGGUUGACGCAUAUUUCAGUCUACGCAGCAGAGCUAGAGUUCGUACUUGCAGCAAAUCACAUUUACAUUCUGCAAAUGCUAUUAAGCUUGAAGGUCGCAAAGAUUAUGAAGAUCUUCGUUAUCGUGCAAUAAAUAGCAACGAACCACCAGCCAAUAUCGUUACAAAUUCAUUCGGUGCACUUUCCACUCUUGCACAAGCGCAAUUACCCUCAAAACAUAAUUUAAAACGUUUAGUUAAGCACCAUCUUCAUGAUUCUGGUUCAUCCAAUAACAAUAAUCGUUUUCUAAUUUUCGCUAGCCCUGAGCAAUUGAAAACUCUCGAAACUUCAUCAGAAUUUUUUAUGGAUGCAUCAAUUAAUGCAAUAACAAAAUUAUUUCCGACCUGUGUGUCAUCUGGCUGUUUUUUUCAUUUACGUCAAAGUCUUUAUCGACAAGUUCAGAAUCGAUACGAUGCAGAUUCAUUAUUUGCUUACAAUUGCACUCGUGUAGCUGCAUUAGCUUUUUUACCACUACAAGACGUCAUACCAGGAUUUGUUUUUUUGUCUGAAGACUUAACAUUAGAUUUACAAGAUUUUUUGAAUUAUUUCGAAGACACGUAUAUCGGAUGCUUGCAUGCAGGCGGUGUUAGAGCAAAUCUGAAAUUUGCUGUUGAAUUAUGGAAUAUGCACAGCCGUACAGAUCAAGCAAUGCUUCAAAGCAUAAUCACGUUGAAGAGCGAAAAAUUAAAAACAGAAGAAAGUUCUCUUCAAUUGGAUUUGGCAGCUAUAAAUGCCGGCCAAGAAGCAAAAAUUCAACAGAAACGUUUAUUAUGCAGAUCAUAA